CCUUCACACAGGAAGAGAUGUUUUUGACCUUCGUCUUGUGACAGACAAGUCAUUUUAGCAUUACCCGUUUUGUAAUAAUUCAAGACAUCACCUGCACCAUAAGAUGCAUGACCAAUACACCAUGGGAAAUGAAACCCCAGACUUCACCGACUGGCCACUGACAACAGAGUUUGACUACAGUGAUUCGACACCUUGCCCUGCAACUGAAGAAAAGCACUUUGCAGCAAAGUUUCUGCCACCUCUUUAUUCUCUAGUGGUGAUAUUUGGCCUGACAGGCAACAUGCUUGUUGUCCUUAUCCUGGUAAAAUACAAGAGGCUGAAGAGUAUGACUGACAUCUACCUGCUCAACUUGGCCAUUUCUGAUCUGCUGUUUGUAUUUUCUCUCCCGUUUUGGGCUUAUUAUGCAGUUCAUGACUGGAUUUUCGGGGAGGCGCUCUGUCGAAUUCUGUCAGGUGUCUACCUCCUUGGCUUCUACAGUGGCAUCUUUUUCAUAAUCCUGUUGACCCUGGACAGGUACCUGGCCAUAGUGCACGCCGUGUUUGCUUUGAAAGCCAGGACAGUUACCUACGGCAUCCUCGCCAGCGUUGUCACUUGGGCUGUUGCUGUUCUAAUUUCUGUCCCAGGGGUAGUAUUUCACAAAACUCAGAAGGAAAGUUCAGGCUAUACUUGCAGUGCUCAUUAUCCAUCAGAGCAAAGAAAUACAUGGAAGCAAUUCCUUACCCUAAAAAUGAACAUCCUGGGACUUCUUAUUCCAAUGUUAAUCAUGAUCUGCAGCUACACACAAAUUAUAAAGACGUUACUGCAAUGUAGGAAUGAGAAGAAACAUAAAGCAGUCAGGCUUAUUUUUAUUAUCAUGAUUAUCUAUUUUUUUUUCUGGGCACCAUACAACAUUUGCAUCCUCUUGCGUGAUUUUCAAGGUGUAUUUUCCAUCUCUACUUGUGAAGGAAAUGGUCAACUGCACAAAGCAAUCCAAGUGACAGAAACAAUCUCAAUGAUCCAUUGUUGUAUCAACCCAGUAAUUUACGCCUUUGCUGGAGAAAAAUUUAGGAAAUAUCUUCGCAGCUUUUUCCGAAAGCAGAUUGCAAUCCACUUGUCUAAAUACUGUCCUGUUUUCUAUGCUGACACAGCUGAACGAGCGAGCUCCACCUACACACAAUCUACUGGAGAACAAGAAGUGUCUGCUGCAUUAUAAAGACUGUCUAGUGAAAAAAAGGAAUUGACUUUUGUGAGAUCAACACUGUGAUGAAAGCCUGCUGAAUCUCUUCUGGAUAUUGUCCCUGAAGUGGCUGCAAAACCAAAAAAAUCUCAGAAUACAUAUUUACCAAAGCUUUAAUUUGCUCACAGACUUGGGUAUUUGUAAAUACAUGAAUAAGAUGUAGCAAGUUACCUGACUGGGAAUCUGAGUUAGCAGGCAAACAGAUUUUUUGAAGUGAACUAGAGGUUAUAAAGUUACACUGGUUCUUUGGAAACAUCUCUUGACUGUGUAUUACAUGAGAUAUCUCACUUGUUUAAACUCAGUCUCAGCCAUAUUUUUUACUAGAUUAGUUGUGUAUCUCUGUAAAUAAUGCUAAAUUACUAAGGUCUGUCAUACAGCAUGGAAUGGAAAAUUUUUUACACUUAGAAUGGACUCUGAUAUUUCAUGGUAUAUUUUCCUUUGUGUAUGGUUGAGUCCUAAACACUUAGAUCUUUCUCAUAAUAGUUCUAACUACUAGGGGUUAAUACCUGAGUGACUUUUGAGUUUGAUACUCCUGAAGGCUCUUUUUUACUGAUCUGCUGUUUUACAUGCUACUCAUGGUAAAAAAGAUAAUAUAAUUGAGCUAUCAUUAAAAAAUGAAUGUCCUAUAACUGAUCAGAAAUUCUGUGUGGUAACAGUAUUUUAAAAAUAAAGUAUUUCACAUGGAGCUUUAAUCAGGUUUGAUCAAAUAUGAGGAGCGAGUCAACAGUGUUUUAGCUUUAUAGUGCAGUAAUUUUGCUUGCAAUUAAAAAAAA